ACAGUCCAGCAGCGUCAUCACUCCAUUAAAACCAGACGGAAUAGGUUGGCCGAUCCCUGGUUACCCUCUAUCUAAAGUUGGGUUUUUUAUGUUUAAAAAAAAAAAACAAAAAAAACAAUACUAUCAGGCCAGAGAAAGAUUACGAGUGGUAGUAAUAUAAUUGUGAUUAUUGCGCCUUUUGUUUUUGGUAUAGUUUUUCCUUUUUUUGUUGAUUGCCAAAUAAUAGACCUCUGCGUAUGGCAAUGAAAUUGAUUGUUAAAGAAUCUCUCGCUUUGUUAUGUUAUAAAAGUAAAUAAAUUUGCACAGCUGAAACUUUGCCAUAGUUCGUGCAUAUCUCUCAGCUAAAUACAUGCUUUUAAGAUGGGUAUCUGCUUUCCCAGAACUAGCUAAUCUACCGGACCAAAUGCUUAUAAUCUUAGUUAUUUAAAUCUAAGAAGCUCAUAUUAUGUGAGACUGUUAGUGAGUUAUAAAAUUGUUCAGCUUUUAAGACCCCAAAGAUUUGUCAUGGUGUUCUAGCAACGUUUCUUCCUGAAAUAACUUUUCUUCCAAAUAGUGUCUAGCCAUUCAUCCAAAGAAACAACAAUGACGACAUUGAAAUUGAGCAUAAAAUCCCAGAAUGAGGUGCCAGUGCCCCCUGCAGCACUUUGUUUGGGUUUUAUUUUGAGACCCCGCAAUAUUGAUAGGUGGUGAAGUGAGAGACUCGUAGUAGGGACAGGUAAUGAGGAAGCCAAAACAGGUUUACACAGAUUUCACCGUUGGGCGGACGGAGUGUGCGGCAGGGUAAAUCGUUAGUCAGCAUCAGCCCUGUCCGCGUACCCACAUUAUGGACAAAUUGUUUGCUCAUACACACUGCUAUUGAAAGUGGGCACGUACGGCCAAGCGACAAGCUUUAACCGAAGACAGGUAGUCAGGGUCAUGUUUAUGUGCUACGAUGACGAUUAUGAUGAUGCCGACGAUCGUGCUGAUAAGGUCACCGGGUGCACCUCCCCAUGUCUCCUCUAUGAAUCCACAGAUCAUCAUGAUGCAACGCUGUUGGCGUCUUCCAAAGCAGCUGGCCCUGCGACGAGGCCUUACUACAAGCCAGGCUAAAAGCCAAACAGUGGCCACGGAAAUGCCCGAGGCAGAGCCACUGGAUGCCUUCGAGCGUCAGUAUCUCAAGGAGCGCAUCGAGAUAUCGCCCUUCCAGCGUGUGAUCUUGGGAGCUGGAUCUUCCGUUGCUGCCCUGCUGAAUCCAAGACGCCACGACAUGAUUGCCUGUUUGGGUGAGACCACAGGAGAGGAUGCUCUUUGGGCUAUUUUGGACACCAUGCAGUCUAGCGAGGAAGGUCAGCGCAUCAUGGCCGAUAAACCACGCAUCCACACCAGCACAAUUGACUUUAAAUACUUGGAGGGCUUGCCACCAGAUACGUUUGGAGCCUCUUACGUCAAGUUCUUGAAAGAUAAUCAAGUCACGCCUGACAGUCGCAUGGCCGUGAGGUUUUUGGAGGACCCUAAGCUGGCCUACCUGAUGACGAGGUAUCGCGAAUGCCACGACCUAAUCCACACGGUGCUGGACAUGCCCACCAACAUGCUCGGAGAGGUGGCCGUUAAGUGGGUGGAAGCUCUGAACACUGGACUGCCAAUGUGCUAUGGAGGUGCGGUGUUCGGAGCAGUUCGCCUACGUCCCAAGCAGCGACGUGCGUACUUGAAGCAUUAUUUGCCCUGGGCCCUGGAGAAUGGUAAGCGGACCAAGCCCUUGAUGCCUGUCUACUGGGAGAAACGUUGGGAGCAGAAUAUCCACGAGCUACGAUCCGAACUGGGAAUUACUGUGUUGAAUAAAGUCUGAUGAGGCCUUUUA